AUGGUACCUUCGGGGCCGCCCACUCCAAUCGGUGGUGCCCAGUCUGUUUCACCUUCACUCUUGCGUACGAAUUCUGGAAUGCUGGGAGGUCAAGGUGGUUCACUACCUUCCCAGUCAGGUUUUCCCCCGCUUGUCUCACCACGUAAUCAAUAUGGUAACAUGAAUAUGCUUGGCAAUGUAGCCAACGUGCCUUCUCUCCUUAAUCAGUCUUAUGGAAAUGGGAUUCCAAAUUCGGGGCUUUCUGGUCCUGGUAGCAGCCAACGUGGAGGUAUGGAUACCGGUGCUGAAUCAGAUCCACUUUCUAAUGUUGGCAAUGGAAUGGGUUUUAGUGCGCCUUCUUCGUCAUAUGUUGCAUCAAACAUGGCUAAUCCUGGUACAUCUGGUCAAGGUCAGGGCCAACAAUUUUCAAACCCUUCUGGUAACCAACUAUUGACAGAUCAACAGCAGCAGCAACUUGAAACACAUAAUUUCCAGCAUGGUCAGCAGCCAAUGCAACAGUUCUCUGCCCCUCACAACACACAGCAGCAGCAACAUCAAUUUCAGGCUAUUCGAGGAGGCUUAGCUGGUGUUGGACCAGUCAAGUUGGAGCCCCAAUUGACAAAUGAUCAACAUGGACAGCAGCAGCAGCAGCAGCAGUUGCAGUCUUUGAGGAGUCUUGGUCCAGUGAAAUUGGAACCCCAACAACUUCAGACCAUGAGAAGCUUGCCACCUGUAAAAUUGGAACCGCAGAAUUCUGAUCAGUCAUUGUUUUUGCAUCAACAGCAGCAACAACAGCAACAGCAGCAGCAACAGCAGCAACAACAACAGUUCCUCCACAUGUCAAGGCCGUCUUCUCAGGCUGCUGCUGCACAGAUUAACAUUUUGCAUCAACAGAGAUUGUUACAGCUACAACAACAACACCAGCAACAGCAACUCUUGAAAGCAAUGCCUCCGCAACGCCCCCAAUUACAGCAACAGUUUCCACAGCAGAAUCUGCCUAUGAGGUCUCCUGCAAAACCAGUAUAUGAGCCUGGAAUGUGUGCUCGGCGUUUGACACAUUAUAUGUAUCAGCAACAACAUAGGCCUGAAGACAAUAAUAUUGAGUUUUGGAGAAAAUUUGUUGCUGAGUAUUUUGUACCUCAUGCCAAGAAGAAGUGGUGUGUUUCUAUGUAUGGAACUGGUCGGCAAACAACUGGCGUUUUUCCUCAGGAUGUGUGGCAUUGUGAGAUAUGCAAUCGCAAGCCUGGACGUGGCUUUGAAGCGACUGUUGAGGUGCUUCCCAGGCUUUUUAAAAUCAAGUAUGAAAGUGGUACUUUGGAGGAGCUUCUUUAUGUUGAUAUGCCACGCGAGUAUCAUAAUUCAUCUGGUCAGAUUGUACUGGACUAUGCUAAAGCAAUACAAGAAAGUGUUUUUGAGCAACUUCGUGUUGUUCGGGAUGGUCAACUUCGGAUUGUAUUCUCUCCAGAUCUAAAGAUAUGCUCUUGGGAAUUUUGUGCAAGGCGCCAUGAAGAGCUUAUCCCUCGAAGAUUACUGAUACCUCAGGUUAGUCAGCUUGGUGCUGCAGCUCAGAAAUACCAGGCUGCUACUCAAAAUGCAUCAUCCAAUUUAUCUCUUCCAGAGAUACAAAAUAAUUGUAAUAUGUUUGUAUCAUCAGCUCGGCAGUUAGCGAAAACCUUGGAAGUGCCAUUAGUAAAUGAUUUAGGUUAUACAAAGAGAUAUGUAAGGUGUCUUCAGAUUUCAGAAGUGGUUAAUAGUAUGAAAGACUUGAUUGAUUACAGCCGAGAGACAGGGACUGGGCCUAUGGAGAGCUUGGCCAAGUUUCCUCGAAGGACGAGUGCUUCAUCUGGGUUUCACAGUCAAGCACAACAGUCCGAGGAGCAAAUGCAGCAGCAGCAACAGCAACCGAUGGGCCAGAAUCCGAACGGCGAUCCAAGCUCUGUCCAGGCCACAACUAUGCAACUUGCUGCCAGUAAUGGUAUGGCUAGUGUAAAUAAUGUUCUGAACGCAGCAUCCACAUCUACCUCUGCAAGCACCAUUGUUGGGCUCCUCCAUCAAAAUUCCAUGAAUUCCAGACAGCAAAGUUCAAUGAAUAAUGCAAACAGUCCCUAUGGAGGAAAUUCUGUUCAGAUUCCAUCCCCUGGUUCUUCUAGUACAAUCCCACAGACGCAACCAAACCCCUCUCCAUUCCAGUCACCAACACCCUCGUCAAACAAUCCCUCUCAAACAUCUCAUGGUGCCUUGACAGCUGCCAAUCACAUGAGUGCAACAAAUUCACCAGCAAAUAUAUCCAUGCAACAGCCAACCAUUUCCGGUGAGGCUGAUCCAAGCGAUUCCCAGAGCUCUGUCCAGAAAAUAAUACACGAAAUGAUGAUGUCCAACCAGCUGAAUGGUGCAGGCAGUAUGGUUGGCGUGGGUUCUCUGGGAAACGAUGUGAAAAACGUUAAUGGGAUUUUGUCAACAAGCAACAACACAGGAAUGAAUGGCGGCAACUGUCUUUCAGGGAAUGGCAUGACGAACAGUAGUAACUCGGGUAUUGGGGGUGCUGGAUUUGGGAGUAUGGGUGGACUUGGUCAGCCUUCCAUGGUUAAUGGAAUAAGAAGUGCAAUGGGAAAUAAUUCUGUUAUGAAUGGAAGGGUGGGAAUGGCAUCAAUGGCUCGAGAACAAAGUAUGCAUCAUCAACAACAGGAUAUGGGGAACCAGCUACUUAGUGGGCUUGGAGCGGUUAACGGCUUUAACAAUCUUCAAUUUGAUUGGAAACAUUCCCCUUGA